AUGGAGGACGUAAAUAGGCAGAAUCACAAUGACUCACAGAAACGGCAUGAAUAUCCGGGUAGAAGCGGUGAGAACGAACCGUCCCACAACCAAUCUCCCUUGAGGGAAGGGGAAUCGGGAUAUCGAAAAGCUCUAUGUCGUAUUUCUCUACAGCAAAUGAUCACGAGGCCGCUACUGCAAAACUAUAAUCGCAGAGAAGUCUCUGGGAAUAUCGAUGUAUAUACGUAUAUAUAUAUAUAUUACAUCAUUCAGGUAGCGCGUGGUGACGUAUUGCGUGGUGCAUCCCAGGGGGCGCAAUCACUCCAACACGGAAAUCGACACAUAAACACAUCACUGUGUACUUAUGUCUGCUUGUUGCCCCCCUCCCUCUUUACCUGGAACGUUUUUCAUCAUGUGCGUCUAUUUCUUCAACCUCUACAAUAUUUGAACAACAUCCUUUGCGUAGUUACAUACUUGUUUUCUUCUUUUUCGUUUUCCCUCUUUUUAACUAUGGUUGCCUUUUUUGCCUCCAUGUCCGUGGUUGCACCGAAUGAAACAAUCAUUGGGUUACGUUGA